AUGUCAGAUUUAUCUUCUCAAUCAAAUUCUGAUGAUUCUGUCAAUAAUUCUUCCAAUUCAAUCCCAAUUAUUCCGCCAAGGCCAAAAGAUAAAAAAAAGCAAAGCUCGGAAUCUUUUGAUCAUGUUAACUCAAAUGAAUCUUCACAAUUAUUAAAAGAACAGGAUGAUCUUAAUAAUAAACCAACUAAUGAAUUUCAUGAAGAUAUAAAACAAGCGGGGUUUUCUAAUGAGUCAAAAACUGGGGGGAGCCAAAUCAAUACGUUGACUGAUGGGUCAUUGUCAGAUUUAGAUGGUAUGUUAAACUCACAAAUUGAUGAUCAGAUUUUUGAAGAUGGUGAUAAAACUCCAGGCAACUCAAACACGAAAGUUUCGUUUAAAGAUGAAAUAAAUGAAGAACUUGAAGGUAACGAUGAAUCAAGUUUUAAUGAUGAUAUGGAAACCGUAUUACAAGAAAAAGAAGAUUUUGAAAUUGGAAAUAGAGCUAAUGAAAUGGAUGUUGAUAAUGCUGAAAGGCCAGUGCCUGUCGAUAUUACGAAUCAAAAUGAUGAUUAUAAUUCAAAUAGUAAAUUAACUGAGUCAUACAAUGAACAGGAUAACAUAAAUGACGAAUUGCAUAUCAAGAAAAAUUUUGAUGGUAUAAGUCUUACUACUAGAAAUAAGGAUACAAUUGACAAUACAGAAUAUGAUCAAACUAACAAUCAAGGGUAUAUUGCAAGUUUAGCUGUUGAUCCAAUUGAUAAAAACGAAAAAGCUACAAAUCACGAAGAGAAUUAUACAUCAGCUAAUAGCGAAUCAGAAAACAUAGUCAAUUUUCAAAAUUCCGAUUCAAAAAUCCCCAAAAUACCAGCUCGUCCAUUAAAGACAAAAAAGAAUUCUGAACUGUCAAAUCAAUCAAAGUCAUAUAGUGUUGAAAAGCCACCGUCAAAUGUCUCUUUUCGACAAUCGAAACUUAAUGAUAACUCUGACAGUUCAAGCCCAGAAUUAAAUAAUUCUGCAUCUCCGACUAUACCAGUUAGACCAAUGAAAUCGAGUGAAUCUAAUACUGAAAAGUCUAAACCACCACCUCCAAAACCAAAAAAACUAUCAUCUAAAAUUGCAGCUUUUCAACAACAAUUAUUUCAGCCUCAAAUUGAUAAAGCCCAAUCAUCUGAAAAAGUAACAGAAUUAAAUUCAAAAACUAUACAACCAUCUCAUUUUAAAAAGUUUGAAGGUCAAGGAAUUCCAUUACCUGGUAUGUAUAAUCCACAACAACUACACACAUUAGGAAAAGUAGGUAGACCUGAAGAAAUCAAAUCUGAAAACAAUCAUACUUCAGCAACUAGAAGAGCCAAAGGUCCAAGAGGUAAAAGAUUACCAAAAGCAAUACAAGGUUCAGAAUUGGAAAAUGAAAAUAGAAGAAAAUUAGAGUUUGGGUCUUUAUUUAGCAUUCACUUCAAAAGAUGUAUAAAAAUUUCUGACAAUAGUUCAAAUAAUUCAAACGAUGUUAGUGUAGAAGAUAACCAGUUGGAUGGUACCAAUUUUGAUGCUGAUGAUAAAGUCAAAUACAAAUCAGUAGAAGUUUUGAACAGUCCUACAUCAAGCCCUGUUAGGGUCGAAACUGGAGGUCAAAAUUUUGAAGGGCAAAAUACAAAAUAUUAUAAUCUCAAAUACACUGAAGAUAAUGCAGACGAAGCUUUUGCUAAGCAUGAAAUAGAUUUGAAUCUGACAAAUGAAAAUGUACAAAUAAAAGAUAAAUAUGAAACAAAACUGAAUGAAACAGAAUUGAAUGAAACAGAGUUCAAUGAAACAGAGUUCAAUGAAACAGAGUUGAAUGAAACAGAACUGAAUGAAACAGAAUUGAAAGAAACAGAGUUGAAUGAAACGGAACUGAAUGAAACAGAGUUGAACAAAACAGAACUGAAUCAAACUGGAGAAAUGGGAAAAAAUGAUGCUUUCGAUCAAAGUGAGAUUGAAGAUUCUGGAGUUACUGAUGUUAUAGAAUCCGUGCAUCAUGUAUAA